AGGUGGAAAAAAACUGAGCUUAUAAAGGGGGAGGAGCCACGGCGGCAUCAUCAGAAACAUGACUGAGAGAGGAGGAGAGGACUGAUACUGACCUCCUGAGCCGACGCUACAUCCAUUCAGGCGUCUAUCAGCAGUGGUAGACCGUAAAACAAAUCAUUUCUGCUCUCUUAUUCUACCUGUUAUCGCCGGGCAGUGAGGCGUCCGACGGUUUGAUUCAGAGAUACCUACUCCAGCUACAUGGCUAGCUAGCACAACAAAGCUAACCAUCGUUAGCUUCAUUCACAGCUCGGAACCGGCGAAGUGAGGAACCGAGGAGGGGAAUGGCAAGAGUUAACUCGGAUAUCACUUUCAGAAGGAAGAACUACUAGGACUAACCAAGACGUUCUGAUUUAUUCUGUUUUUAGAUUCAACGGUUGUUGGUGUUACUGUAAUCCCCAUCAUGGUGCAGAAGUAUCAGUCACCUGUGCGGGUGUACAAGCAUCCCUUUGAGCUUGUGAUGGCGGCCUACGAGCGCCGCUUCCCCACGUGUCACCUUAUCCCAAUGUUUGUGGCGAGUGAUGUGGUGAACGAGGAGACCAGUGAGGACGGUUCCACUCUAAAGGUGGAGCGCCGCUGUGCCCUGGACGUUGAUGCCCCACGUCUGCUCAAAAGGAUUGCUGGUGUGGACUAUGUCUACUUCAUCCAGCAGAACACGCUGAACAGGAAGGAGAGGACACUUCACAUCGAGUCCCAUAAUGAGACCUUCUCCAACAGGGUCAUCAUCCAUGAGACCUGCUGCUAUUCGGUUCACCCGGAGAAUGAGGACUGGACGUGCUUUGAGCAAACCGCUAGCCUGGACAUCAAGUCUUUCUUUGGAUUUGAGAGCACUGUGGAAAAGAUUGCUAUGAAGCAGUAUGCCAGCAGUAUCAAAAAGGGAAAAGAAAUCAUUGAGUUCUACCUGAAGGAGCUGGAAGACGAAGGCAUCACCCAUGUGCCGCGCUGGACUCCCUCCUCCCUCCCUCUGCCUCUCCCAAGGCCAACCAGCCUCUGUACAAGCCCACCUAUCCUGCCCAAACUUGCGAUCACACCCUGUGUUUCUAUCCCACUGCCUGCUGACGCUAGGGACGGCACCUCUCCGGACACCAAGCAGGAUGGCAGCGCCCCUCAAACAGACAGCCAAUCAGAGGUCCUGGCUGGUACACCAGACGAUAAGUUGGAUGCAGACUAUAUCAAACGUUACCUAGGUGACCUGACCCCCCUGCAGGAGAGCUGUCUGAUCAGACUUCGCAAAUGGUUGCAGGAGACGCACAAAGGAAAGAUCCCUAAGGACGAGCACAUCCUGCGUUUCCUGCGUGCCAGAGACUUUAACAUGGACCGAGCGAGAGAGAUCCUUUGCCAGUCGCUGACCUGGAGGAAGCAGCACCAGGUGGACUACCUGCUGGAGACCUGGAGCUCACCACAGGUCCUUCAGGACUACUACACUGGAGGCUGGCACCACCACGAUAGAGAUGGCCGUCCUUUGUACGUCCUGAGGUUGGGCCAGAUGGACACGAAGGGACUGGUCCGCGCUCUCGGAGAAGAGUCUCUGCUCAGACACGUGCUGUCCAUCAACGAGGAGGGCCUGAGGCGCUGUGAGGAGAACACCAAGGUGUUUGGUCGACCCAUCAGUUGCUGGACAUGCCUGGUGGAUCUGGAGGGGCUAAACAUGCGUCACCUGUGGCGACCCGGUGUCAAAGCACUGUUGAGGAUCAUUGAGGUUGUGGAAGCAAACUACCCAGAGACUCUGGGACGGCUUCUCAUCCUGAGAGCUCCACGAGUGUUCCCCGUCCUCUGGACACUGGUGAGUCCAUUCAUUGAUGAAAACACCCGGAAGAAGUUCCUCAUCUAUGCAGGCAAUGAUUACCAGGGCCCUGGAGGACUGGUGGACUAUAUAGACAAGGAGAUCAUCCCGGACUUCCUUGGUGGAGAGUGCAUGUGUGAGGUACCAGAAGGAGGCCUGGUUCCUAAGUCGAUGUACCGCACAGCAGAGGAGCUUGAGAAUGAAGAUGUACGCCUGUGGACUGAGACGAUCUACCAGAGCGCCAGUGUCUUCAAGGGAGCUCCACAUGAGCUUCUGAUUGAGAUAAUUGACGCCUCCUCAGUCAUCACCUGGGACUUCGACAUAUGCAAAGGCGACGUGGUUUUCAACAUCUACCACUCAAAGCGGGCCCCUCAGCUUCCACGCAAAGACCCCACGGGAGCUCACGGUAUCACAUCCCCAGGAGGCAACAAUGUGCAGCUCAUUGAUAAGUCUUGGACACUGGGGCAGGAUUACAGCAUGGUGGAGUCCCCGCUCACCUGCAAGGAGGGCGAGAGUGUGCAGGGCUCGCACAUCACCAGGUGGCCAGGUUUCUACAUCCUUCAGUGGAAGUUCCACAACAUGCCAGCCUGCUCGGCCACCAACUUGCCCCGAGUGGAUGAUGUGCUGGCCACCCUGCAGGUCUCCUCCCACAAGUGUAAAGUCAUGUACUACACUGAGGUCUUGGGCUCUGAGGACUUCAGGGGUUCCAUGACCAGCCUGGAGUCGAGCCACAGCGGCUUCUCUCAGCUCAGCGCUGCCACCACCUCCUCCAGCCAAUCGCAGUCCAGCUCCAUGAUCUCGAGGUAGAAGAUGGGAGCAAAGACUCAAAUCCCCCCCACCCCUUAACAGCCCUGACCAUCAACACCUUAGCCAACACUCCUCCUUCCCUUCCUCGUCGUCAUCUUUGGAUUCUGUUCCUUUUGCACAGCCAGUCUUAUGGAACUGAAGCAUGCUUGCACAAACAGGAGACAAAGAUUAAAUCUAAGGCAAAAAAACAACAACACUGAGACUGUGUGUACAGUUCAAAGGGCUGAUUUUUGCACAAAGGUCAUAUAUUUUUUGUGCCUGGCAUCUCUGCUGGGCUGCGGAUUGAAAUAGAACAUUAGCAGAAUGUUUGCUUGCUUUGUGUCUUGUGUGGGGUGUAAAGGUUACAGGUCAAUAGAUGAGUUGUGGUGCUUUAGUGACACUUUAAAAAGAAAGAAAGAAGCAAUAUUGUCAUCCUGGGACGCACAGGACUGGACAAAGACACUGGAGGCGCUGUUACAUAUAUGCAUUAACAAGUACACCCACAUUUACUUGACAGAAAUGACGCAUACCUCAGUCAUGUGCGUUAGAUGAAAAACUGGAUGUGCUUUUCCAACAGACACUGUUUGAUGACAUGCAAAAAUGUACAAUGUUUGCCAUAAUACCAGAGAGGUUUGAUGAAUCUAUUGAAUUGUUUAUAGGUCGUGUGUGUGGGGGAGGGGUAAACUCUUAACUAGACCUAGGUUGAAUUGGAUCUGUAUCAAAUUUGUUUUUCAAGCAAGCAUGGAGUUAUGGAGCAGGCAGGGCUCACUGAGUAACGACAACACAGAUGGUGUCAGCAAAGUUGCCCGUUUUCUGGGAACAGAUAUUCAUCCACAGCAGGAUGAAUAUUCGGUUCAUUGUGUUGCCUUAUUUGGUAAGCCCUACCUGUCCAUCUCACGAGGGCUUUAUCAUACCAUGAAAAACAUUAGAACAUUUGACCUGGGUCUAAACUCUUAGCGAAGUAAUCCGCGAGAAGCAAUAACAUGAGUUUGACUUUUUACUGUGUGAAAUAUUUCUAUUUAUCAUGAAGAUAUGUGCAGAGGAUCAUGGGUGCUGUUUGCAGAUACAUUUUUACUAGUAUGUUGUGUACAGAGGGACAGACAGGCUAACUGAGCCAGUAAACAGCUAUACUCUGUGACACCAACUUUAUCACUUCUCGUCUUGGUUUCCAUUCUGUCAGGAGAGGAACAACAACAACAACAACAGCUCGCCACAUUUUCUCAAGGACAUGUUUAGUUUCUUGGAACAACCACAGUUAGUUCACUUUCUGUCCACUGUGUGCACAAUUUAAAGGAACUCCAUUCGAAUCAAGUUGUAACGGACAUGCCUUGUGAUUUGUGAAUGUGCUACUGAUUGGCUCGUGCUCCCCGACCAAUGAAAUGCCUGAAAUUUGGAGGGUUGGGAUGCACUUGAGCAGGACUGCCAUCAUUCUCUACUUUGUUUUCAGUGUGAUGUAGAUUUGUGUGCAUUAGGGAUGAAUGUUACUUUGUGAUUAUCAUUUGUUGGUGCACCAGUAGUCAACAUAUUGAUACUGAUCAUGUACUAGUGUUGAGUGGAGUAUGUUACUGUUUUUUCUUAUGGAGACGAGUACUUGACAGGAUGACAGAGUGUAGUGUGUUACUGCCUGCUCACAUGGUGAUUGGGUUUAAAGGUCUAUAAUUUAAAGAUAAAGAUAUAGCCAUUUUAAGAGUCAUGUGUCAAUAAAUACCAUUUUAGCCUUUAUAACCAUCACUUAGACAAGUACCUGCUUUUAUAAGGUCAUCACUGUAAUAGAUGAGCAAUUAUGACCUGAGUGAACAUUUCUAAAUGCAACACACAUGCAACAUUUUUCUAAUAGUUUAUUAAGUUGAUGACUUAAAGAUCUUACUCCCUGUAAGGGGCAGACAUCUGGUCACAGAUUUAAGUCAUUCAGGAGCGCAGCUGACAGAAAAAAAAAGAUGAAAUAAAGAAGUUAAUAAGACAGAGGCUCUCUCCAGAAUCAAGCCUCUGAAAAUACUGACCCACCCAGCAACUUGUUUUUGAUACAGAAACCUGCUUCUUUUUUAAUAUAUUGAUGAAAGGUCAAGGGUUCACUUGUGGUAACAAAUGUCAUUAACUGCAAUAACAUGACAUGCUUUACUGAGAAAAAGGA